AUGCAGCGCCAGCGAGAGCGAUGCAGUGCCAGCAAGAGUGAUGCAGCGAGAAAGCGCCUCCACCAGACAGGAAAACACCGCCACCAGACUGGGGCCUGCACGUGGGUGUUGGGCCGUGGUGCGGGCCUGCUGAGCCCUGUGCCGGGCUCGGGGGACAGGACGCAUCUCUGCCUUUUGGUACGAAGUCUCCAUAGCAAGAGUUGCACGUGGUGGGAUGAGCAUCUUUCUGAAGAAAACAUCCCGUUUAUUAAGCAGUUGGUGUCUGAUGAGUACCAAGCCCAGUUAGCAAGUAAACUGAACCCCCUGAAGGAUGAGCCGUGGCUUAUACAUCCUUGGGAACCAGGUUCUGUUCGAGUUGGCCUGAUUGCACUGAAGCUGGGCAUGAUGCCCUUGUGGACCAAGGACGGUAAAGAGCAUGUGGUCACGUUACUGCAGGUACAAGACUGCCAUGUCUUAAAAUACACACCAAAGGAGAGUCACAACGGGAAGACGGCCGCGCUGACCGUUGGGGGGAAGACGGCGUCGCCCUUCCACAAAUCUCCAUCCAUAUUCGAAUUUUACCAAGAACUUGGAUUACCGCCAAAACAGAAAAUUAAAAUCUCUAAUGUCACAGAAAAUGCUGUAAUUAAACCAGGCACUCCUCUCUACGCUGCCCAUUUCCGUCCAGGACAGCACGUGGACGUCACCGCCAAAACGAUUGGUAAAGGCUUCCAAGGGGUCAUGAAAAGAUGGGGAUUUAAAGGCCAGCCUGCGACUCAUGGUCAAACGAAAACCCACAGGAGACCUGGAGCAAUUUCCACUGGAGAUGUCGCCAGAGUCUGGCCCGGGACCAAGAUGCCUGGACACAUGGGAAACCAGGAUCGGACAGUGUUGGGACUGAAGGUGUGGAGAAUAAACACCAAACACAACAUCAUCUACGUGCAUGGCUCUGUCCCCGGACACAAGAAUUGCUUAGUGAAGGUCAGAGAUUCCUUCUUGCCUGCUUACAAAGAAAAAACAACCAACCUACCAUUCCCAAUGUAUUUUCCUGACGGGGAUGAAGAGGCGCUCCCAGAGGAUCUGUAUGAGGACAGCGUGUGUCAGCCCGGGGCGCCGUCGCUCACCUAUGCCUGA